GGGCCCUUCCUCUCAGCCAAUCAGCGGAUGAUCUGCUCUUCUCGAAAACAUGUCGCCCAUGAAGCUGUGUGUUCCAGGUGACAAACUAUGCAGUGUAGAAGACUGUAUUCCUGGCACAGGAGUAUAUCUGCGACACGGCUACAUAUACUCCUCACUAGCAGGCUACGUGCUCAGGAAAAACGAGGGAGAGGAGUUACCAGUGAUCUCAGUUGUGAGGGAAACAGAAGCACAACUACUGCCAGAUGUAGGAGCAAUAGUCACCUGUAAGGUGACCAGCAUCAACCCCAGGUUCGCCAAAGUCCACAUCCUUUAUGUAGGCUCCACACCGCUGAAGGACCGCUUCAGAGGGACCAUCAGAAAAGAAGAUGUGCGUGCAACGGAGAAAGACAAGGUGGAGACAUACAAAAGCUUCAGACCUGGUGACAUCGUCUUGGCAAAAGUUAUUUCUCUGGGCGACGUUCAGUCUAACUACCUGUUGACAACAGCAGAGAAUGAACUGGGAGUGGUGGUGGCGCACAGUGAAGCAGGUGCCCAGAUGGUUCCCAUCAGCUGGUGUGAGAUGCAGUGCCCACGAACACACGCAAAAGAGUUCCGCAAAGUGGCACGAGUGCAGCCUGAAUAUCUGCAAGCAUGAGAACCCUGAAACUUCUUUCUACCACAAGGAACACACAACUUCCCCGUUCUCUUUCUUCAGUUGCUGUCGUCAAGUAGCCUCCCAGCUCUGAGAGACUGGGCGACAUGCGAUUCAUCGGCUACUUUUGAUUUCAUGUCUGUCUUUUCUUCUUUUUUGGGCGCUUGAUGCCUUUCUUUGAUGGAGACAGGAGAUGUGGCUAAAGAGAGUAGGGUUAUGACAUGCAGCAAGUGGUCCGGCCAGUCGGAAAUCAAACUGGGGAGUCGCUGCUGGUGCUAUGUGCCCCCUCAGCUGCCAGGUCGCUAUUGGUUUAAUGCCCUAAAUCAGUUUCUUAACCGCUGUCCUUCUGCACAUUCUGUCAUCCUUUCUUUGAGAACACUGAGGAGACCAUACUGCUAAAAAGUGCCAGAAUAAAUUCUAAACAAUGUGAUUCCAGCAAUGUGGAUAUUCGAAGUUGCCUUUAAAUUUCCUGAUUUGAACUGUAUCAGUUCACUCAGGAUGUUACACUGAAGCUGCCAAACUGUGACAAAGCUAACAAGAUUAAGGCUUCUUUCACACAUGCGAGGAUUUACGCUGUUUGAGCGAUAUGUAUUAUGGCAAAGUAGUACUGGUUGCUUGAAAGAUGAAGUCUGUCGAUUCUCAGUUCAUUGUAACCUUAAGAGCUUCAGUGAAAGGAAACUGGACUUCUCUUCCAGAUUGUUGAAGGCAUUUUCACAUCUUCUUCAGCUCUAGCUGACUAGUGGGGAGCAGCUAGAACUUCAGAACACCUCCAAGAACCUAAAAGAGAGGUCUGGUUGCUUUUUACUGAAGCAUCAAGAAUUACUUAAACGAUGAGGCAGUUGGUGCAGAUGGUUCAGACUCUCAUGCUAAGGAAUACUUUGCAUUUUGCAUCAAGAGGUAAAUGCGAAGGACAGUAACUGAUUCGACCAGAAAGCUGCAAGGGGCAGCGCUGCACUUGUUUUGCAUGUCAUCAUAUAUGCAGCAGACCUGUUUUUUUUGUUGUCAUUUUUACACAUUAACUUUGAGACAUUUUCAUGUCCUAAGGUUAAUUUUUCCUUAGCCCUAACCAGCAUUUCCAGUUUUGAGUAACAUGACAAAUGUUUUCCACAGUUAUAAAAGAAAAUGAAUGUGACAGUCAUUAAAUCACAUUUACAACAGCUACCAUGCACGGAAUACUGAAGUACAGCCUAUGAUAGUCAGAAUAUUUUUGUUUUCCAGCACAUUAUCACAACUGAAAGACUAUGAGCCAGCAACCAAGCAAUAAAGCUUCUGUUUUUACUUUUUAUUUUGAAGUGUAUUUUGACUUUUCUUAUUCUUUCUUCACUUUACAGCAGAUGUGCAAGAAUGGAAUAAAAUGGCUAUCAAAUGAC